AUGCUGUUAACCCGACCCGCUACUGUGCAACCUCUCCAGCAACAACAACAACAACACUUCUAUCCCAACAGCCAACCACACCCUCAGUCCCAAUCCCAGCAACCACAGCAGUUCUACCUGCAUUCACUCGACUUCGACCUCGACGCAUCGUUUGACGACGCCGCACACGAUCUCAACUCGUCGAGUAUAUCAUCCUCGCCGCUCUCGACUCAGUCUCUUCUCUCCUCUCACUACUCCUUGGCGAACCAGCCUGCCAGCUUUUCCAACUACAACGCAUCCCACCUGGCCGUGCCAAGAAGAGCGGCCACCACCACCACGGCUUUCGACGACUCGUCUUUGAACUUGAACCACCAGCAAGACCUGAUGCAGUCAGACGCUUGGGUAGUAGGAAGCCAGUACAUCCCUAAGCCGACCGGCCGAUUACCUCACCAGCGGGAGUCUUCUCUGUCUUCUAUGGGCUCUGCAGGCCCCGCAUCGCCUUUUAACCACAACACAACGAACCCUCAGAUUGCAGUCACAGACUCGAUACCAGACAACCUUUACGACAUGCAGAGUCACGACAACAACGCGUUCUACCAACUGGCCAGCAAGUCCAUGGCGGUUCCUCACGACAACAUGUACCCGAACUACAAUGGGUUGAACAACAUCUCGUCAGACAUGAACGGCUACACAUCUGCCUUGAAUGUCCAAAGGCCGCGGUCUGAUCGCAGUCUGCUGCCCGCUCCCGAGCUUUCGGUGGCAGGCAACAGAUCCCACCCUAACUCUGUGGCGAGUUCUAUCGCCGGUGACUCACCCGCCACUCCGUCUCACAUGGAACAAGAAGAUGACAGGAGGCGCAAAGCUGGUAAGGAAUCUUCCUCGGGUUUCGAUGACCUUAUAAGCACAUGCUUACCAUUGUUCGAUGAUACAGUCUUCAGCAAUGUUCCCAAGUUGGACCGUACGAUGACAGAUAUUUACAACGAUGAGCUAUACAGCCCAAACUUUACAAUCACAUCAGCAUCGCCCGCACAGCCCCAGAUGGCCGUGUCUCCCAGUAACGACGUGUUCGCUCAACGAUUAAGCGCUGCCAACAACCAACACUUGAGCGCGGCACACUCGCCUGCGUCGAGUGUCUCACGAGACCGGUCUCCGUUCCGCCAAGGUUCGCCCCUUGCUCCAGUUGCCAACCACGACUUUGGCACCGGUAUGCAGGCCUCUCGCUUGAGGUUCAAUUCGGCACAUCAGAUGCGGGAGCAGAAGAAAGCUGAGCAAGACGCUCAGAUCAUGAGGCAGCAAAUGUCUAUGAAGUCUGAGCCUGAGACUCCCAAAACCAUCUCUCCCAAGGACGCCAUGCUUGAGUUCCAUGAUGCCGAUGGCGACUCAUCCUUCCCAUUGUUUCCCUCUCAAGAGUCGGCGGAUUUUGAGGAUAUCGCAAAAGCGGUCGUCUCACAGGAUCAGCAGGCCAAUUUUGCCAGAUCGGCCAUGCAGACCGGAUCUGCUUUCCCUUACAUGUCAACUCAGUUACAAACCGGUGUUCACAUACCUCAACAAUACCCAUUCAUCGCCCAUCCGCGUCAAUCUCAGACCCAGGAGCAUAUGCCUCGCCUCAGCUCUGCCGAGUCCAGCUCUGGCAUUUCCGAGGGAACACCAGUUUCGAAUGGCGUUCCCAUGUCCAAGCCGGCUGGCACUGCUGCGGAUGGGGGCACGUACACAUGUACUUAUCACGGCUGCACGAUGCGCUUUGAGACUCCUGCUCUUCUACAAAAGCACAAACGAGAGGGUCACCGUCAGACCCAGGGAAUUGGAGGCCCCAGGAGACCUGAUACUGCUGUUGCUUCUCCCAACAGCCUAUUGAACAGCCAAGCUGGUCCUCACCGCUGUGACCGCAUCAACCCGAGCACUGGCAAGCCGUGUCACACGAUUUUCUCACGCCCUUACGAUCUGACGAGGCAUGAGGAUACGAUUCACAACGCACGCAAGCAAAAGGUUCGCUGUAACCUGUGCACCGAAGAGAAGACAUUCAGCCGUGCGGAUGCACUUACACGACACUAUCGUGUCUGUCAUCCCGACGUUGAAUUUCCCGGCAAGCAUCGACGUCGCGGCCAGAACGCCUAA